AUGACGAGCCACUUCAGCUUCGACCAGGACUUCUAUCGUCUUUUCGAAUGGACGGUAGAUGUCGACGUGUGUCAUGAAAAUGACGCGUCUGUGGGGGCAUCGCUCGAUACCUUUAUCGACUCCAUCGAGAAUAAUGCAGUUGGGCUAUUUGGAGUUUAUGGUGUCAAGGGUGCUUUGACGAAGCUUGCGUUGGCAACAUAUUCUCGGGUGUUGAUCAUCUCCGUUAAACCUGGGACGAAAGUCAAGUCUGCCCUCGUCACGAGACGACGCCUUGAAACCGACAUUCUUGCCGCAUCGACAAUCACCAAAGAAGGAUUCCUCCUGGAUUCGUUAUCUUACUCGCUCUUCCACGACCUUGGUGUCCGUAUCAAGCACGCAUUCAACCUCACUAAGUCUUUUGGAUCACCCAGCCUCCAGAAUUUUAUCGAUGUACUGGGCGACAGGGACAUCGACAAUAAGGAGGCCGCCCGAUCUUUGUUCAAGACUCUCGAGAAGCGCGAAGUGACCAACGCAGAAACGGCGAGGCAUGCGUGGUUGACAGUUGCCAGCGGUUUGCUGCCCGACAUUCAGAAGAAGAGGCCGAAAAGGAUCGCAAUUGAUACUGUGGUAAUGGAUGUUCAUCAUCUCAAGGUUGUGUCUAAACUCCAUCGUCACCAAGCCCUCCUUCGCAACCUCGUCCCCGAUGUCGUUCAGAACGAAGUCUCUGGAGACGCCAAGUUCAAGGGCGGAAAUAUCAGCGUUGUUUCGGCCCGCUUCAAGACGAGAAUUCAAUACACCGGGGGCCAACAGACCUUGCAGCUCUGCAUGAAGCAAGGCGACCGCGUCGUCAACAUAGCAGCCAAAACUAAGAAAGUCGAUGGUCGCUCCGUUUCAAUCACCAGCUCUUCAAAGACCAAGCUUCCAGCUGCCGGCGCCCUUGUUUCGGUGAAAACCAUCGGCCGCGAACCUCCAAGUAAUAGUGAAGCUAUACGCACUAAUUUAUUCGGCCAGAUCCUGCAAGGCCGGUCAUCCAUCCUCACCAAUCCCUUCGUGCGCACCAUCUGGCUACCGCACGAAAAACCCAACUGGGUUCCGGUAAAAGCCAUGUCAUCAAUGUGCUCUGGCCUGGUGCCAUCAUCGACGUACAACCUGAAUGUGUCGCAGGUGACGGCUGUGAAUGCCAUCCUCUCACCGGCACAGCACGAUCGUGUGGUUCUAGUGCACGGCCCCCCUGGAACGGGGAAGACGACCGUGAUUGGAGCUGCCACGUACAAUCUGACUUCCAGAGACCCUCAGGCAUGCAUAUGGCUCGUCGCACAUUCAAACGUGGCGGUCAAGAACAUCGCGGAGAAGUUGGUCCAAAUCGGGUUUGAAGACUUCCGGUUGGUGGUCUCGAAGGACUUCCAUUACGAUUGGCAUGAGCACCUGUACCAGAAAGUGGAACAUAGGAUGAUCCGUACCGAUUCACUCCCCAAAACCGCAAUUGAAGCCUCGCGAAUGGUCCUCGGUUCUCGGGUGAUUCUUUGCACCCUCACUACCCUCUUGAACGACAAACUCAGCAAUAUCGCACGUGUAGUCCCCGUCGAAGCCCUUGUCGUCGAUGAAGCCUCCCAGAUUGAGGUAGGGGACUAUAUUCCCAUCAUCAACCGAUAUCAGAGCACGUUGAGGAAGCUGGUUUUUAUCGGGGAUCACAAGCAGCUUGCGCCUUAUGGGUCCGAAGAUGUCAAGGAGCUCGAAAGUAUCUUUGAGAAGGACCAUUUGUGCAAACGUGCCAUUAUGUUGGAUACCCAAUAUCGAAUGCCGAUUCCGAUAGGCGCCUUUAUCUCGCAGCAUGUUUACGGAGGAAAGUUGAAAAGCCAGCACCCGUUGAGCAGCUUUAAAACCUGCCGGUUCGUCGAUGUCAAAGGUUCGAGUGAGAUGAAGCGGGGCCACAGUUGGGUGAACAUUAAGGAAGUGCAAGCCGUCAUUGCCCUCGCCCGAACACUCGAUGCGUCGAAAAUGAGUUUUAAGAUCAUCACCCCCUACGACCCUCAACGCUCUAUGAUUGAGAAUCAACUCAAGCAGGAGAAGCUCCCGCACGAGGACAAAUGUUUCAACGUCGACUCGUUCCAGGGAAACGAAGCAGACUACAUCAUCAUUUCACUCGUACGCUCCGACAAGCUUGGAUUUCUCCAAGAAAGCAGGAGAGUCAACGUCAUGCUUACGCGGUGCAAGAGGGGAAUGGUCAUUUGCACGAGCCGACAUUUCGUUCAGAGCAUAGCGAAGGGGUCCCUUGUUGGGAAGCUUGCCGCGACUGUUGGGGAGAAAGCCUGGAUGGAAUCCAAGCGAGUUCUCUAUUCCAACGCAAACCCUUUCAACUAG